AUGCUAGGCUGGUCAAGGUGCUCGACCGGGAUGGAGCGUCUGAACUGGGUAUCUAGCGCCGAUCCUAAGCUUGCUAGUGCAUCUGCGUGCGCAUUCUCUGCUCGGGGAACUUGUUGGAUGGUGAAGGUGGGGAAACGCCUUCAACAACUCUUGGACUUUGUCAAGAUUCCUUCGUCUUCUCCACUUCUCUUUCUCCCUGCAAAACAGAUCGGGGUAAAAGGACCACACCCGGGGGGUGUUGGCCAAAGGCCCUCCGAUGCCUAA